CUCACUUUUAUUCAUACUGUAACAAACUGUAAUAUUUUAACAGCGUAAUUUCGUUAAAAAUUAGUAGUUACUCUACAUACAACUGUAUUCAUGAGAAUUUUUCUAGAAAAAAGAUUAUUAAUUUCUAAGUAUUAUAAUAUUCUAGAGUGCGUAUAGUUAGUUAUGAUGGCGAGCCGAUCACAGAUAAAUUCAUCAGCAAACGAAAAUGAGAUACAGAGACCAAUCACCAGACGUUCCUGCAACGAAAUUGUAUGUCUACAAUGUCCUAUUGACAUGUUUACUCAAGAAAAUAGAAUUUAUUCUUUGAUACCGAUAACAGUUGAACCAUUAGUCAGACCAACGGUUCAACUUCAUCUGCGUGAUCCUCGAAGAAUUAUUUUUUCGGCUCCAAAUAUACUAAAUGAUCCAGGAAAUAAAAUGAAAAGAACGCCCUUUCAAGAUCUAGAAGAAUCUUUGUCACGGAAAUCAGCCCGUUUAUCUUUGCCAUUAAUGAAUGAUACGAAGACGAUUGGCAAAGUUUACUCGCACAAUCAACAAAAUUUUAUUAGUGAAAUUCAAGAGACGCAGAUAGUGGCACAAAAGCCAUUAGAAAUGUUUUCACAUAUGAAAAAAUGUAAAAUACAUCGCGAUCAAGUCGGUUUACACGAACAAGUAUUUCUUAAGCGCGAUAACAAACAAACUAAGAUUAACAAAUGUCAAAUUGCUUCGAAAAACGUUACAAUAGAAGAGUUGCCUUGGGAAGAAGUUGAUAAGUUGUGCUCCGAGUGUAGGUCAAAAAAUGAAACCACUCAUUGCGAUAAAUGCUUUACGAUACAAUGGGACAAGACUGCAAAAUUUUUAAGUCAACAGUGUCGAGUCUUCAAAUAUGCAAAACAAGUGGUAGAAGAACAAUAAGAUAUCUGUGUGUCAAGUAUUAUAUAGCUGGAGAUCUUAAACUUCUUAAAGAAAUUAUUUUAAGAUAUCAAAUAGAUACAUCUACGUUCAAAUUCAAAAUAAAACUCUUUCGACGAUCAUUAGCUUGUAUCGUAAUUAAUCCUCUUUAUUAAUAACUUCUAUUGACGAAUGUCUGAAUGGAAAAAGGACUCUUAAUAUCUGUAAUAAACGCUUAUUAACAUUGUAACUGAAGAUAUCAUUCAAUUUUUAAAAUAACAAAAUAACUUCUUAGUAACAGAAACAUUAUAUCUAUCAUAUUUUUUAAUGAAAUUAUUAUAUCAUACAUUAUGUGAUGUUAAAAAAGUAUAUCUGUGAUAGCAAUUAAUUACAAUAUAACUUAGUGAAUUAAAUUAUAUUUACCUAUCUUGAUGUUUGAAUUGGUUGACAC